CAAUCAAUCGAAGUGAUUGGUUUUUUGAGAAAGGAAGGAACGAAGUAUGCCUUCCCGGGAACGAAAGAAAAAUACGUCAAUCAAACAAAUGGUGUAAUGUGCAAUUCUAAUGAUUUUAUCUUUUCUUUCUCUAUUUAAUCCAAAAUUCUUAAACAUACCAUUUCACAUAAGGGCGAGAUGUCUUAAGCAAUAAAAUAAAGUCAAAAAAUCGAUCACGUCAUUGUCCGACGCAUGUCUACAACAAAUUACUAAUUAUGUUUUCGCGUAAAAUUCAUUAGACGUCCUUGGACAAACGUAAUUUCCUUGUUCGUUAUUGUACUUACCUUCGAAUAAGUUUCCAAUCAUGAAUUUUGACGAUACAUCCAGUAGUGGGUACGUCACCACCGAGACGAUAUAUGGGACUCACGAAGACUCCCAUGUUGUGAUGUCAGAAAAAGUGCAGACACUCGCUGGAAGUAUUUACCAAGAGUUUGAGCGUAUGAUAGCGAGAUAUGACGAAGAUGUUGUAAAAACGCUUAUGCCAUUGUUGGUGAAUGUGCUGGAGUGUCUGGAUUCAGCAUAUCAAACAAAUCAAGAGCAUGAAGUUGAAUUGGAACUCCUUAGAGAAGAUAAUGAACAGCUGGUCACACAGUACGAACGUGAAAAGGCUGCCAGGAAACAUGCUGAACAGAAGUUGCUUGAGUCAGAAGACCACUACGAAGGCGAAAGGAAAGACCUGACAGGGCGACUGGAAGCCCUGGACAGCAUCGUCAGAAUGCUAGAGUUGAAACACAAGAACUCCCUGGAUCACGCCAGCAGGCUGGAGGAACGAGAAAAUGAACUCAAAAAAGAAUAUGCGAAGCUACAUGAACGGUACACGGAAUUGUUCAAAACCCACAUGGAUUACAUGGAGAGGACCAAGCUUCUACUUAGCACGGCGAGUGAGAGGAGCGAAGUCCGUGGUCGACUCGGGCUCAACCCUAUUGGUCGUUCAAGUGGUCCAAUUUCCUUUGGGUUCUCAUCCCUGGAGGGAUCAGUGAAUGUUCUCGAGCAAACGGGUAGCAUACCGGGCAGUCCUGUGAGUCUGUCCUCGUCUCCACCUUCGCCCAUAGGAUCUGAACUGGCCGCCGUGAGGACAGUGGAAAGGGCCCAUCAAACCGACCCGAUUACACAGCAAAGUCAGGCGACUUCUCCCGUGGCUCCUCCCAAUAGUUCUACCGGCAAAUCGCAAACAAAGAGUGAGAAGCGAAGCGGCAACACCCUGUACCAGGAGCUGGCCUUCCACGACACAGAGUCCAAUAUCGUAGAGGGCGACGAUGGUGCUGAUAUUACAGGCAGUUGGGUGCACCCGGGUGAAUACGCGUCCUCAGUUAACGAUAACUACUUUGGUAUGGGCAAAGAGGUGGAAAACCUGAUUCUGGAGAACAAUGAGCUAUUGGCUACAAAGAACGCAUUGAACGUGGUGAAGGACGACCUGAUAGUGCAAGUGGACCAGCUGACCGGGGAGCAGGAGAUCCUAAGGGAGGAGGUGGCCAACCUCAGCGCGGCCCGGGAACAACUGCGGGAGAGAGUGACACAACUCGAAGAGGAACUGAGACAUUUGAAGGAAACGGUGACCAACAACGCCGGCGGUGAAAACGAGGAAGAAGCCGAUGUACCGAUGGCGCAGCGAAGAAGGUUCACCAGGGUCGAAAUGGCGCGGGUGUUGAUGGAACGAAAUCAAUACAAGGAACGAUUUAUGGAACUUCAAGACGCGGUUCGCUGGACCGAAAUAAUGCGCGCAAGCCGUGUCGACUCCACAAUGGACAAGAAGAAUAAGCAGAGCAUUUGGAAGUUCUUCAGUAAUCUGUUCAGCACUGGAGAAAGACCCCAGCGUCCUCUGUCUACGCCCCAUCUGAGAGCCGUAGCGGUCCCACAGCCAACCAUGAGGCAUUCAAAAACCCAGGAUUUUCUGGAGACCCAGCUGACUGACCAUCAUCAUAGGCGGCAUGAAAGGAGCGAGCAGUUUAGACAGGUCAGAGCUCACGUGCGGAAAGAAGAUGGACGGACGCAGGCGUACGGUUGGAGUUUGCCGGGCAAGAGCGGCCAGGGGCAGAAGGGACCCAGUACUUCUCUAUCUUCGGGAGGCGUUCCAGUUCCAGUGCCAGUGUUCUGCAGGCCCAUAGCGGAAGCGGAGCCUCGCAUGACGUUGCUGUGUGCCGCCGGGGUCAACCUCAGAGGCGGUAGGACUCCGGACGGCGGCUGUAUGGUCGGCGAAAGCGUGUUCUAUGCCAAAGAAGAGGAUAGGCCGGAGAAUGCCUUGUGUCUGGCGGAGGAGAUGAGCAAAGCCCAGCAACAUUCUCCUGAAGUGGAGGAGAUAAAUAAGCAGUUACAGUCCACUCACAGCAUCGAGCACUCUGAGAGGAAUCUCUCUUCGUAUGUGUGGAUCUGCUCUAGUACGCCGACCAAAGGCGUUGUUAUGAUCAUAGACGCCAACAACCCGGCGGAAGUCUUGGAAUCGUUUCCGGUCAACGACAAGCACAUAUUGUGCGUGGCGUCUGUUCCCGGCGCCGUGGAGGAGGACUACCGCGAGUACGAGGAGAGGAUGAACGCGGAAACUGAUAACAAGAGACAUUCGCAAUCUUUAUUCUGCAUGGGCAAGAAUGAUUCGACUGAGAGUCCUACAAAUAGUGCGCCGGCAGAUGGAGCCAAUAAUGGUGAAAAGUUCGUCGUGGGGAGUUCUAGACUGGUACAAGCGACUCUUUUGACGCCCCCGAGCACUCCGAUCAAGGAGCCCGAGCCGCCAUCGGAGCCCGAGGUUCCAAAGGAGUCUAUUGUGAAGACUGUAGAAGAGGCCGACACGACUGCCCCGGGUAGCCCCCCGCUUAGUUCCACACCGGUCGUGGAGAAUGAACACUUAGGUUCUCCCGAGCCAGGUGUAGACGCCUUCGCUCAAGAGCAAUCCAACGCGGAGACGAGAGCCGACGUGCCUCAAGACAGGAAGAUGUCCACCGUGAUGGCGACCAUGUGGCUCGGGACGAGAAGCGGAAACCUGUAUGUGCAUUCUGCUAUCGGGAGCUACAGCAAGUGUCUGGCGAGAGUGAAAUUAAACGACGCUAUUCUCUCAAUCGUGGCGUGUUCUUCACGUUGUAUCGUCGCUCUCGCCGACGGAACCGUUGCCAUUUUCGCCAGACAAGCGGACGGACAGUGGGACUUCACGCAGUAUUGGCUGCUCACAUUGGGAGACCCUAAGUGUUCAGUUCGUUGCCUGAGCGCAGUGGGUUGCACAGUGUGGUGUGGUUACCGGAACAAAGUGCACGUGAUCGAUCCUAAGUCUAGGUCAUUAUUGUACUCUUUGGAGGCUCACCCGAGGCAGGAGAGUCAGGUUCGUCAGAUGGCGUGCGAGGGCGAUGGGGUUUGGGUAUCAAUAAAAAUGGACUCGACAUUGCGUCUCUACCACGCGCACACAUACCAACACCUGAAGGACGUUGACAUCGAGCCUUACGUCAGCAAGAUGCUGGGCACGGGAAAACUUGGAUUCUCCUUAGUGAGGAUCACGGCUCUGCUGAUAAGUUCUGGAAGACUAUGGAUCGGUACCAGCAAUGGAGUGGUGAUAUCUGUGCCCCUGUCGGAAAGUUCCAGUAAAGAUUCCACCGGGGGCUCUCUGCCGCCUGUCCUUAGUAGACCUACACCUGCAAACGCGACCUACCGCGCCAGGUCGGCGAGUCCCACUGGCUCCAUACCCUGGUGUUCCAUGGCGCACGCCCAGCUCAGCUUCCACGGGCACCGGGACGUCGUCACCUUCUUCGUGGCCGUGCCCGGGGCUUCGGGGUCCCCGUCGAGGAGCCCCGAGGCGGCGAGGAGAAACUCACCCACAGCGCCCUCCAUGUUGGUCAUAUCGGGCGGGGAAGGAUAUAUAGACUUUAGAAUAGCGGAUUCAGAAAUGGAAGACAGCGUGGUGGUGGCGGAGGACGGGUCCAGUGGCCACAGUUCGUUGGCCGAGAGGGCCUCUAAGAGCCACCUGAUAGUGUGGCAAGUCGCCACCGCCUAACCUUCGGCCCGCCGCGUGCGACUCGACUCCGAUUCAGAUUUCGUAUACGUGUGUACUUCCACCAAGCCGGUGCAAAUCGUGUAGGAUGCUAUGUGACGUAUUUGGGAAUUGAAUAAGACAUUUGUGAUAUUAUAUAUCAUACGAUGAUGACUGACUGUAUAGAUCAAUUGACAGUGAGCCUGUUAUUCUCAUUAACAGGCUGUUGAAGUUCUGUUAAAUGAAUUUUUGAAAUUGAUUUAGACUACAGGAAACAACUUUUACACAAUAGAGUCAUCACUUGAAUACGUCAAACAGAUGUGCAGUAUGUCAUAAAAUAUCUUAAAUCUCUUGUUUAAUUCCCAAAUGACUCGUGGAUUUAAAAGGAUGGUUGAGAGUCAGUAUUCCAUUACCGUAAUAUUUAGAGUUUGGUUGCGUUCAGCAAAUCUGGGAUUGUUUUCAUAAAAGUUGGUCCUUCGAAAUCCUUUCCUACCUAUUCAUUCACCUUUCACCGACUCAAGGGACACUAGAAAGAACAUAAAACGUGAACAGCACUUGAUUUAUAAAAACACCAGGAUAUUUACAAUUAUGAGAUUUCCGAUGUUUCAAAAGACGAUAGGUUCUUAGAUCGAUGAUAUUGAAUAAAAACCUGUAGCAAUAGUGAUAGUGUCCCUAAGUCCGUCAUUAACACCGUGUGAUCACUAGCACGUUACGUUUCUGAACAUUCGAGCAGCCGUGCACGGCACAUCAUGGACUAUUUGCCAUUAUUUAUCACAUAAUAAUCAUAUACGUAUUAUCGUUACUACGUGUGCUUUUCGUUCGCCGGUCACUACUUACUUGGCGCUUCGGUUUGUGAAUUAAAAUAUAUAUAUAUAUAAACAUUGCUCAUGACUUUGGUCGAUCCGCUUGUAUGCGUUUGUUGUUUUCCAUAAAACGGAACGACUGUAGCUUAAAUCUCAUAUAGAAUUAAUGUACAACAUAUAACCACCAAAUAUUUCAUUUUAGUAGUGUUUGUAGUUAGAUUAGAAAGAUUUUUUAUAUAAAAUUAAAAUGUAUGAAAUUAUCUCAUAUGGCAGAAACAUAUUCUGUCUAUCGUUUCGGCUGUGGUUGUCGUCUAAAUCACAAUUUAACUUAUUUUUUGUGUGUUGUCAGAUCAUAUCUUUAUACAUAUGAGAGCGAGUGUACAAUACGAAACGUGUAUGUUACUUAUAUUCUUAUAUGUUUUCAUCUAUUGUUGCUCGUUCUUGAGUUGUGGCGCUUCGGUCUUUGUAUAGGCGACGUCGUGUGCGGUAAGCCUGUGAUUAAGUAUGUUAAGAAAGGUGGAAAUGUUACCUACUUUAGAUCAAUUUUGUUUUUGCGCUAUAAAGAUAGCAAACUUUGUUGGGAAGAGAAAACAAGAUAUAGAAUUUUAUGGAAGUGAAAGUUUCGAAACUAACGAGUCGAAAGUUUAUAUCGCUGCUUAUAUUAUUCAUAAUUUAAGGUCAGUCUUUUGUGUCCCCUAAAUAGUAAUCACAGGAGUGCCGCGCGCAAUGUCAACCAGAUAGACAUAGAUGUUACCCGUAGUACAAAAUAUGAUGAAACUAUGGUCGAGUUUUUACACAAUAUUUUUUCCCCUUGUCUCCACAGCAUUUGUAAUUGUUGUUAUAUUUAACCUAUUUAUUAAAUAAGUAAUGGUGCAAAUAUAAUUUAAGUCUCUGUGGAAUAUUUUUUUUUUUACAUUUUAAUAUCAAUUAUACAAAGAUGAUCUUUUGAACUAAUUUAAUCAAUUGUAACUUUAGAGGUUUCAUGAUCCCUCGUCUCGGUAAUAUGAAAUUUUUUUUUAUAUCACAUAGUGGUUAUAUUUAUUGCAAUCUUACUUCGAUUUAGUUAUUUAUAAAUUGUUAAUUUUAUUUUUUAGUUUUGUAUAUACACAUUUGUCAUAAUAAAUUAAUAAUACGUGUGCAAUCAUUCAAUCACUAUGAAUUUUAUUUAAAAUUAAUAUAUUUUGUCAUUUUUCUUAUUUUUUACCAUUUUUCUUUUUCUUUUACAAUUAUAUGACGUCUCUAUAAAUCCGAAAUCUGUGUGUAUAAUAGUGUUGCAAUGAAGUUAAUUAUUGUACAGUAGGCAAUGGUUGUAGGUAAACAAUUUUUACCAUGUACUCAUGAAAUUAUUAUAUUAUAUUAAGGUAUUAUACAAUACAUUUACUAUACAAUAUAUGAAUUAGGGGGCAUGUUGACACGUUAUUACUUUCGACCAUUGCUUACUGUAAAAGCUAGUCAAAAUAAACGACAUAGUUAUGUAAAGAUGUAAUUGCUAGGGUAAUAUUGUUUUGCUGACGGGCUCGGAAGGAGAAAAUAUAGACACCACUAAGCAUAUUUUACAUACCUGUAUCUAUAAAAUUUUGCCAAACAGUACAUUUUACAACAAAAAAAAAAUUGUAAGGAACCCAAGGCAUUUUAAUUUUCUAACGUUAUUUUGAAAAAG